GCAUGUCGUCAUCACUAUGCGCUUGGUUUCUCGCAUCAACAAUGUGAAUGGAUGGACGCAAAUUAAAAUGUCCAAACUUUCAGAAUUAAAAUUUAAAGACUCAUGUGGGUCUCUGCCCGGUGGUUUUUGGUCGGCUGUGGAUGUUUGGAUAAAGAAACCUCAUGUAGUAAAUAAAAGACUGAGUGGAGCCAAAGAAGAAGAGAGUAAGGAUUGCGAAGAUGCAGAGAUAGAAGAUACUUUAUCAGGAUUUUGGAAUACUGACAUUAAAGAACUAAACGAUGUAUUCUGCUAUCUAAGGAACGGUGUUGAAGGGAUCUCACAAUACCGUACUGGAAAAAGAGAACAGUGGAGUUUUACAACAAGAUCGGUAAUUCCUAAAGUCAGUAUUGAUGGGACUCGCUAUCAUAAAGAAUUUGUAGUGAAAGAUCUCUUUAGCAUGCGGGUGACAUUUCUGCCAGUAGCUGAAAGCGUUCAAGGAUUCAUGGUUCUUAAAAAGGGCAAUAUUUAUCAGAUACAGCUCCGACCAGAUAAUGAUGAAGAAUGGUCCAUUUCCAUCUCCACCUUCAGCUCAGAGAACUGGGACUCUGACGGGGUGGUAUACCCCAAACUUUCAUGGCUCAGCAGUGAGCUGCUACCAAAAUUAGUGAAGUGGUGCACUGAGAAGAGCAAGAGUGAAUUUAAAAGCACCCUUUCUCUUAUUCCCGUGGAAAAGUACAGUAUCUUAUAUCAGCAGCUAAAGGAAAAGUACAAGGCAAUGGUCAAAGUUUGGCCUGAAGUCACAGAUCCAGAAAAAUUUGUUUACGAGGAUGUUGCCAUUGCGACAUAUUUAUUGGUGUUGUGGGAAGAGGAACGUACAGAAAAGGGCAUAAUGGAAAAACAGUCCUUUGUAGACCUGGGUUGUGGAAAUGGACUUUUAGUUCACAUAUUAAGCAAUGAAGGACAUCCUGGAAGGGGUAUUGAUGUGAGGAAAAGAAAGAUCUGGGACAUGUAUGGCCCCCAAACCCAUCUUGAGGAAUGUGCAAUCACCCCAAGUGAUAGCUUCUUAUUCCAAGAAGCGGACUGGUUGAUCGGAAACCACUCUGAUGAGCUAACACCAUGGAUACCUGUAAUGGCUGCCAGGUCCUCCUAUUUCUGUCGGUACUUUGUUCUACCCUGCUGCUUCUUUGAUUUCUACGGGAAGUACAGCCGGCAGCAUAGUGAAAAGUCCCAGUACAAAGAAUAUAUUGAUUUUAUAGCUGAAGUGAGCCGUGUGUGUGGAUUUACAGUGGAAGAAGACUGUCUCAGAAUCCCUUCAACAAAGCGGGUGUGUCUUAUCGGAAAGACUAGAAACUAUGACUGUUCACAAGAAGCCCUGGUGGAUGAUCAAAGAACCCAGUAUAUUAAGAAAAGACUGGCCUGCCAAGCAAUGGCUAACCAUGGAAAAAGUGCUGGAGAAACUACUCACCUACAGGCCACUGUUGAUUGCCUUAAUGUCACUACCCAUAUGGAUGAUGUUGCAAAAGAAAUUAACCAUGACACUGACAAGCAAGUUUGUGCCACUGGGAACUGGGCAGCUGGAUUCCAGCCUAGAGAGAAGAUUGAAUGUGUUAGAAACUGUGCUCAUCUUCCUCGUGAAUUAAUUGACAAAGUUGUGCUUCAAGUGGCAAACGCAUUGCUAGGUUUGAAAACAGAAGAUGGGCAAAGAUGUAAUAAUAAUACAUGGAACAGUGGAGGAAGUCUGACCCUAAGAGAAACAGCAGAGCUUUUGGACAAAGAAACACUCCAAAAUCUGAAAAAUGAAUGUGGAGGCCUACAGACCCUUCUAAAAAACAAUCAUCAGGUGUUCAAAGUUGAAGGGGGAAGAGUUGGGAUCCGUGACUGGCGAAUGGAGACAGGAGGCAGGACGAGCAAGCGGAAGACGUCCUCAGAGCUGCUCAAGACACGAUUGUGCUGGUUCCACGUCAACCACCCACAGGGUUGCCCCUUGCCCCCCGAGUCUUGUGCGUUUGCCCACGGACCGGAAGACCUCCGGCGCUGCUCAUUCCAGAGCAAGCGCCAAAAGAACAAGCAGCACCAACAGCAAAUGUGAAUGUCCUCUUGACUACCUGCUGGACAUGGUUCGAUUUUAGUUGAUUGUUACUUUCUACUUGCCUUGGUCGGAGAACAUUCUUCUCCCUUGGUAGUCAGUUGUGUGUGGUCUAUGGCAGUGAUUAAGCCAAAAACCAUUUAACGACUCACUGAUUUUAAAAUUGAACAAAACAUGUUUUGAAAUAUUUUUUUUUC